CCUGCAUCGCGACCACAGACCGUGGCGUGCUCGUGUGCAAUCCGGCGUACAGCCAAUCAAAACAAGCCCCAGAGCCGUACGUAUUGCGCAAGGUUUCGACUGAGAGUGCGUAACGUCGUCAGCACUGCAGUCUCUCACUAGCUUGCUGCGGUAGCACGCCCAUCAAGAGUCCUGCACUGUCAACCAGCCAACACUGAAGAAAAGGGAAAGAAUCAUAAUGGCGGUAGCUUCUUCCCCGCUGGACCCGGACCUAAUGAGGGAGGUGCUUGAAUGCCCUAUCUGUUUGGAGACAUACAACCAGGAACAAAUGAGACCCAAACUCCUGCAGUGUGGUCACACAGUAUGCCGGCAGUGUCUAGAGAAGCUGUUGGCUAAUACCAUCAAUGGUGUGCGCUGCCCCUUCUGUAGCAAGGUCUCCCGUAUGAGCAGUAUCUCCCAGCUGGCUGACAAUCUCACUGUGCUCAAGAUCCUAGACUGUACUAUGUCCUGCAGUGCUGCUGCUGCUGCUCUAAUGUGUAAGUUCUGCUGCAACCGUCUACCCCGGCAGUACUGCUAUGACUGUGCAACAGUCCUCUGUGAGGUCUGUAAAGAGGAGGGCCAUCUGCAUCAAGGCCAUUCAGUCCAGCUGAUUAGGGUGGCUGCUGAACAGCGUCGUAAAGAACUGGGUGGCAAGCUGGCUGCUCUGCGUGAGGUUAUGGGUGAAAUUCAGAGGAAAAAGACAGUUAUUGAAAAUAUUUCCAAGUCUUUGAGACAAAAGUACCGGGCAAUGCAGCAGGAUUAUACUACAGCUGAGCUACGUCUUCAAGAGGAGAUGGGCAGGUCUCGAAGGACUUUCACAGCUUCCAUGGCAGAAGUGGAAAAGUUCAAUGGGCAGGUCUUAGAAGAGCAGACAUAUCUCCUUAACAUUGCAGAGGUAAAAGUGGUGUCACGGUGUGAUUAUCUGACAGUGAGGGUGAGGCAGACUGAUAUUGCCUUGCUAAAGGAUGAUGGUGGAGGCGGUGAUGAUGAGGAGCUGGAUCUCAGGAGCAACUUGCCUACUACCUUUCAGCUGCAAGAGCCAGAGCUGGUCAGAACAGAGCACUCUAAACCUUUAGCAGUGGGCCAAUUGACCGCAAACACUUAUACUGUCAAUACAGAUGAUGAGGAGAGUGGGUUGGAGAUUGCACUUGAAGGUGAUGUAGAGGGUGUAGCUGGGGCAGUUGGGGCAACAGGUGGUGCAGUGGGGGCUCCGGUGGAUCUUUACCGAGAUAUUGAUAUGGUUUCCGCAGUAGAGGAGCUGGUAAGUGGUUCACCAGGCAGCUUUAAGUCAAAGUCCCUGGAUGCAGGUGGGGGACCACCUGGAACAGCUGGGCCAAGUGCAGGGCCCCCAGUAUGCCAAUUCGUGAAGAAGAUGGGCUGUAAGGGAACUCUGCCUGGUAUGUUCAAUUUACCUGUCAGCAUCUGUGUAACACCACAAGGUGAAGUGUUGGUGGCUGAUCGUGGCAAUUACCGUGUCCAGAUCUUCAAUCGCAAAGGUUUCCAGCGCGAAAUCCGCCGCAAUGCCAGUAGCAUUGACAACUUUGUCCUGAGCUUCCUUGGGGCUGACUUGCCUAACCUCAUCCCAUUAUCCAUUGCUGUCACUCCUCAAGGUCUGAUUGGGGUCACUGACAAUUAUGACAACUCAGUUAAAGUCUACACUAUGGAUGGACACUGUGUGGCUUGCCACAAGAACCAACUGAUUAAACCCUGGGGCAUUACUGCCAUGCCAUCAGGCCAGUUUGUGGUGUCAGAUGUGGAAGGUGGCAAGCUGUGGUGUCUAACUGUGGACCGCAGUGUAGGUGUGGUCAGCUAUAGCCGAUUGUGCUCUGCUGUGCGGCCAAAGUUUGUGACGUGUGAUGCAGCUGGGACAGUCUAUUUCACCCAGGGCCUGGCCCUGAAUUUUGAGAAACGCCACAAUGAGCCGCACCUGGAAGGUGGCUUCUCCAUUGGUUCAGUGGGUACUGAUGGCCAGCUAGGCAAGCAGCUCAGCCAUUUCUUUGCAGAGACAGAGGACUUCCGCUGCAUCACUGGCAUGUGUGUGGAUGCAAACGGGGAUUUGCUGGUAACAGACAGUGGCAGGAAAGAAAUCCUCCAGUUUCUCAAAGAGGGUGGAUUCAAAAUUCUCAUCCAGGAAGGGUUGACCUGCCCUGUGGGAGUGGCUACGACCCAGAAAGGACAAUUGCUAGUGCUAGAUUGUUGGGACCAUUGUGUGAAAGUCUACACAUACACUCAAAGGAGGCACUCCUUCACUUCUUAGAUAAACAGUCCAGUCUAUUUACACGUGAGCAUAAUAGGCUGAGUAGGUAUGUAUUGGUUCAUGUGUAUGGAAGGUUUGAAAUGGCAUAAAGACACUGUUAACUGUUGAUUUAUUAAAUGAAUGUUUGGUUUGGUUUAAUUCUAUUGGAUUUUAAUUUAAUACCUCAAAGUAAAACACAGUAAAAUAAGAUGCCUCUCACCUGGUUAUUUUAAUGAAUCAAUAUUAAGAGACCUAGCAACGUUCUACAUUGAACAAAGCUGGCGCAAUUUAACACUUAAAUAAGCAAAAGAAGCCAUUGAUGUCAAAGCUAAUGCAGGCACAAAGAACAGAUGAUUUUCACUCUUCUAUUACUGGCUGCCAUAUCCACCAUUCAGCCUGACUGUGAUGCAUGGCUUUCACUGACUUGGCACAGCUUUGCAAUAGAAGCGCAGCAGGAGAACUGGAAAUGAACAUGUAUUUACAUAUGAAAUAAAGAAUACCAAGGCUUUUGGCCUGUGACGCACUUUAUUAUCGACACGUCACUGUUUCCUAGUGUUAGGUUUAAGUAGCACAGAUUAACACUGAUGUUGCUGAAUGCAGCUGGCAGCUUUAAAAUGUACUGUUCAGUUAGCUAAUGGCAAAACAGUAGUCAAGUAUCAUUCAUUGAAUUGCAUUCACUAACAUACAGCAAACAUUACAUGUGGCGUAUUAAGUGGCCUACAGGAAAAAACUACAAAAUCCUAACAUUAUGUGCUGUUGAGGAAAGCUGGGUAAUGCUAAUAAGUUAUUUAGCUGGGUUCUGUGGGUUACAUAACUUUUACUGGCACUGUCUGAAGAAAUCGUUUGUGUAGGUCUAUUAUAAAGAAAACACCAUAAUUUGGUAAAAUUUGUCCUUUUUUUAAGCUUCUUUGAAGGUUGCUGUGUUUAUGAAAGAAUUAGGUUUACUGAUUUUAACCCUAUAAAGCCAUUUGUAUCAUAUUUGAUACGUGAGGUUUCUGAGCAAACAAAAUCGCCAAAAA